GAAAAAAAAGGGAUAGGAGUCCAUAGGCUUAGGUUAAAGCUAGAUUCAGCCUAAGGCAUCCAUGAAUCAUGAUUGCCAUUAUUGGUGAAGUCUCUGACAAGUAAGCCAUGAUUGAAGGAGAGUGACCCCCACCAUCCUCUUUAUCUCCUCUUCUUUAUAAACCCCCCACACCCUCACCCACUCCCCUCAAAGCUGAAUCCAUUCUCUCCCACUUUCUCUCAUUCUUCUUCUUCUUCUUCCCCUUUCUGAAGAGAGAAAGGAGAAGGCCCAAAAAAACCUAAAGACCAAAGAUGAUGAUGGAAAAGGUGGAUCUAGGCCUUAGCUUGGGCCUCAACUCUUCUCAAAACCACUUGCCUUCUUCCACCCCCUCUCCUUCAUUCCCCCUCCACCAAAAGCCACAAUGGACUAACCUUCUUUCUCCUUCAGUAGAGGAAGCGCGGCCGAUAUUGAAGGGAAUCGAUGUGAACAGGAAGCCCGGGGUGGAGAGAGUUCUCGAGGAGGAGGAGGAGGAGGGCGCGUCGUCGCCCGAUAGCACGCUUUCGAGUUUGAGUGGAAAGAGGAGUGAAAGGGAUCCAUUUUGCAAUACUGAGGUCCAUCAGCUCGAGAGAACGAGCUCGAAAGGGGUCAGUGACGAGGAGGAUGGAGAGGGCUCUCGGAAGAAGCUCCGGCUCUCCAAGGAGCAGUCUGCUGUACUUGAGGAGUGCUUCAAGGAGCACAAUACCCUCAAUCCAAAGCAAAAGAUUGCAUUGGCAAAGCAGCUCAACCUUAGGCCAAGGCAGGUGGAAGUAUGGUUCCAGAACAGAAGAGCAAGGACAAAGCUGAAGCAGACUGAGGUGGACUGUGAAUACCUGAAGAGGUGGUGCGAGAGGCUGACAGAAGAAAAUAGAAGGCUACAGAAGGAGGUUGCCGAGUUGAGGGCACUGAAGCUGCUGUCACCAAUGCAAAUGCCUGUGAGCAUGAUGCCUCCCACCACCCUCACCAUGUGUCCUUCCUGCCAGCGAGUGAUCUCCCCCUCGAACUCCUCCACCACCGCCACCGCCGCCACCUCAUCUUCGCCGGCAAACCACCAGCACCACCACUUGUUCCCCGGCGUGGCCCACUCAAAUCCAACAUGGGCCAUGGCUCCUUUUGGGGCUGCCUACCUCAAUCAAAGCUCCUAAAUCCUUCCUAAUACUACGUCUCAAAGUGUUUUUACUGCUAACCCUAGACUAAGAAAUGACCAUCACUAGUGGCACCUGGGUAUCUAUGAAAAUGAGACUAAGCACGCUAUAUUGGUGCUGAAAUAUUUGUAUCAAAUGAUGCAAAGAUAUGUUGUUAGCAUGGUUUAAGAUGGAGAUGUAAUGGGAGAAAUGAAAUUUUUUUCUCCCGAUAUAUGUUAUUGUGAUGGGUAAGGGUGAUGGAAUGAAAUCCCGUCUAUAUUUUUUUUUUCGACGGGCAUGUACCAA